CCCCCUCGCCGAGCGAGGACCCUGAGAAGAAGUUUCCAAGCGAGGAGAAGAAAGUCCCCUCUCCCUCCCCCGUCCACCAGCCCGCCCCAAAUGCCGGAGCAGGAAUUCGAGCGCUUCAGGAAGCCGAGCCGGCGGGACUGCGCCGGGUUUCCUAGACGCCUUUCUUUGGCGAGCGAGGACUGCGAAGGCUCGUAGGGAGGGGGGGGCGCGUUAAGGCAGCGGGGGGGAAUCUCCUCUGGAGCGGUUGCUGACAGCUGCUUGAAGGAUUGAUUGGCGUUAUUAUUGUUAUCGCUUUAUUUUGCAACCCUCCCCUUUCCCCCCUCCCGCCCCCCUUUCCGCGGAAAGGAAGGAUUUUGGGGGGAAAACGUCGGACCGGUGAUCUGAGCUGGGCAAGAUCUUGGAUGAGUAUUACAAUGUGAAAUUCUGCAUUGAUGCCAGCCAGCCAGAUGUAGGAAACUGGCUAAAGUAUGUCAAAUUUGCUGGAUGCUAUCAUCAGCCUAAUCUUGUUGCAUGUCAAAUAAGUGAUCAGAUAUACUACAGAGUAGUAAGAGACAUUGAAGCUGGAGAAGAGCUUCUUCUGUUCAUGAAGACUGACAAUUAUUUGCAUGAAGAGAUGGCUCCUGACAUUCAUGAGGAGCGUCAAUAUCGGUGUGAAGAUUGUGACCAGCUGUUUGAGUCCAAAGCAGAACUGGUGGACCAUCAGAAAUUCCCUUGCAGCACAUCCCACUCAGCAUUUUCAAUGGUGGAUGAAGAAUUUCAGCCAAAGCUGGACAAGGAGAAUGAUCUCCAUGAUAUGCAUGACAUCCAGGAAUGCAAAGAGUGUGACCAAGUAUUCUCUGAUGUGCAAAGCUUGGAAAAGCACAUGCUGUCCCACACAGAAGAGCGGGAAUAUAAGUGUGACCAAUGUCCCAAAGCCUUUAACUGGAAAUCAAACUUGAUACGUCACCAGAUGUCCCAUGAUAGUGGGAAACACUACGAAUGUGAAAACUGCGCCAAGCAGGUUUUCACAGACCCCAGCAACCUCCAGAGGCACAUUCGUUCGCAGCAUGUUGGGGCUCGUGCACACGCUUGUCCAGAGUGUGGCAAAACCUUUGCCACUUCUUCGGGCCUCAAACAGCACAAACAUAUCCACAGCAGUGUCAAGCCUUUUAUAUGUGAGGUCUGCCAUAAAUCCUAUACUCAGUUUUCAAACCUUUGCCGUCAUAAGCGUAUGCAUGCUGAUUGCAGAACCCAAAUCAAGUGCAAAGACUGUGGACAAAUGUUCAGCACUACGUCUUCCUUAAAUAAGCACAGGAGAUUUUGUGAGGGCAAGAACCAUUUUGCUGCAGGAGGAUUUUUUGGCCAAGGCAUAUCACUUCCUGGAACCCCAGCUAUGGAUAAAUCUUCCAUGGUUAAUAUGACUCAUGCAAAUCCAGGCCUUUCUGACUAUUUUGGCGCCAAUAGACAUCCUGCUGGUCUUACCUUUCCAACAGCUCCUGGAUUUUCUUUUAGCUUCCCUGGCCUGUUUCCUUCAGGCUUGUAUCACAGGCCACCUUUGAUACCUGCUAGUUCUCCUGUUAAAGGACUUCCAAGCACAGAUCAAACAAUCAAAAGUCAAAGUCCCCUCAUGACACAUCCUCAGACACUGCCAGCUACCCAGGAGAUUCUGAAGGCACUAAAUAAGCACCCAUCUAACCUAAGUGAAAAUAAGCCACUGGAGCUUCAACCAGAGAGGUCCUCUGAAGAGAGGCCACAUGAAAAGAUCAGUGACCAGUCAGAGAGUAGUGACCUUGAUGAUGUCAGUACCCCCAGUGGGAGUGACCUGGAGACCACCUCUGGCUCUGAUCUCGAAAGUGACAUUGAAAGCGAUAAAGAGAAAUGUAAAGAAAAUGGUAAAGUGUUCAAAGACAAAGUAAACUCUCUGCAGAAUUUGGCUUCCGUAAAUAAUAAGAAAGAAUACAGCAAUCAUUCCACCUUCUCACCAUCUUUAGAGGAACAAACUGCGGUGUCAGGAGCUGUGAAUGAUUCUAUAAAGGCCAUUGCCUCUAUUGCUGAAAAAUACUUUGGUUCGACAGGACUUGUGGGGCUGCAGGACAAAAAAGUUGGAGCCUUACCUUACCCUUCCAUGUUUCCCCUCCCAUUUUUUCCAGCAUUCUCUCAGUCAAUGUAUCCAUUUCCUGAUAGAGACUUGAGAUCGUUACCUUUGAAAAUGGAACCCCAAUCUCCAGGAGAAGGGAAGAAGACCUUAAAGGGGACCUCCGAGUCUCCCUUUGACCUUACCACUAAACGUAAGGAGGAGAAACCACUUACUCCUGUAACUUCAAAAACAGCAGUUCCAUCAGUGACCAGCCAGGACCAACCUCUAGACUUGAGCAUGGGCACCAGAAGUCGAGCCACUGGCACAAAGCAGAGUGAGCCUCGGAAGAACCACAUCUUUGGGGGAAAGAAGGGAGAUCAUGAUCUCGAAUCAAGGAAAUCUUCUGAUAUUUCUUUACAACAUGCAAGACCUACACCUUUCUUUAUGGAUCCCAUUUACAGAAAUGUCAGCCUCCACUGCAAUCAAAGGCGUUUCACCCAAGAACUCAAAACACAUUGUACCAUAGCAACCCAACGUGGAGCUCAAGGAGUAGAGAAAAGAAAGUUAACUGAUCCACUUGAAGCUUUAAAGGAAAAGUAUUUGAGACCAUCUCCAGGGUUUUUAUUUCAUCCACAAUUCCAAAUGCCUGAUCAAAGAACUUGGAUGUCUGCCAUAGAAAACAUGGCUGAAAAGCUGGAGAGCUUUAGCAACCUGAAACCAGAAGCGGGUGACCUCAUUCAGUCUGUCCCUUCCAUGUUCAACUUCAGAGCCCCUCCCAACACCUUGCCGGAGAAUCUUCUUCGCAAGGGGAAAGAACGCUAUACCUGCAGAUACUGUGGCAAGAUUUUUCCAAGGUCUGCAAAUCUGACUCGUCAUCUGAGGACACACACUGGAGAACAGCCAUACAGAUGCAAAUACUGUGACAGGUCUUUCAGCAUAUCAUCUAAUCUGCAAAGACAUGUCCGUAACAUCCACAACAAGGAGAAACCCUUUAAAUGCCAUUUAUGUGAUAGGUGCUUUGGCCAACAAACCAACUUAGACAGACAUCUCAAAAAACAUGAAAAUGGCAACAUGUCUGGUACUGCUACAUCUUCACCUCACUCUGAACUUGAAAGCACAGGGGCUAUCUUAGACGAUAAAGAAGACUCAUACUUUACAGAAAUUCGGAAUUUCAUUGGGAAUAGCAAUCACAAUAAUUCAGAGGAAAGAAUGAAUGGAAGCCAUUUUAAGGACGAAAAGACCCCAGUAGUGAGCCAGAAUUCAGACUUGUUGGAAGACGAAGAAGCAGAAGAUGAAGUAAUGAUGGAUGAGGAAGAUGAAGAAAGUGAAAUAACAGGGAAGCCAGUUAAAGAACUUGCAACAAGUAACAUAUGUGAAGAGGCCACAGAGGGUGAUUUUGAAGAAGCAAAUGCUUUGGAAAUAAAUUGCAAAUCCUCUCCUGGCAGGUAUAAGGAAGAUGAGUUUAAUAAAACUGGACUUUCUGCUUUGGACCAUAUAAGGCACUUCACCGAUAGUCUCAAAGUGAGGAAACUAGAAGAAAACCAGUUCAAUAAAACUGAAUUGGCAGCAUUCACCACCUCCCAUUUGCCAGAAGACUUAAAACAGCCAUUGCAUCGCAAGUCCAAAUCCCAGGCCUAUGCUAUGAUGCUUUCGCUCUCAGACAAGGACUCUCUACACUCUUCGUCCAACAUGUGGCACAGUAUGGCAAGAGCUGCGGCAGAAUCUGGUGCCAUCCAGUCCAUUAGUCAUGUAUGACACUGUCAAAUGUUAACUGGAUUGGGACUAAGUCCGAACUAGCAACAAGGCUCUUUGCUAGAAGACUAAUGACUAAAAAGACUGCAGAGCAGAAUGCCUUAGAAAUCUGACAGGUCACAUUUAAAGUCAGGUGACCUUAAACUGAAUGAUUUAAAAGAAGAAGAAGAAAAAAACUAUUUAUUCUCAAUAUUUUGUUUUGCACAGUGAAGGCAGCUGCUGACAUUUUGAGGAUCAAUGCGACAUUCAGAAUAGAUGGAUCAAAUAGACCUUGAUGGGAAAUAUGUGUCUUCCACUCCACUGUUUGGGGAGGGACUUAGGGGUUAAGGUUCUAUUGCUACAUACUCAUGUGAGCACUUCACUAAACUACAAAAAAAAAAAAAAUAGUUUCAUUCAUUUGGGGGGGAGGGAUUGUUCUGUUUUCAUAUAGAGCAAUUUGAGACAGGCUUUUCUAUACAGUCUUCUUCAUUUUUGCUUCAUGCAUUUCAAGCCACAGAGGAAGACAAAGCCUUUGUAGAUCAGCCAUUAACCUAGAAUUUAGUGGCAAUAUCUUGUCCUCUCUUUAACUUUUGCCUUCUGAACUGCAUUAUAAAAAUAAAUUGAAAAUAGAGAAUCACAUGAGACAAUAAUGUAAGAUGUCUGUGUAUAUUGUAAAAAAAAAACCCAAAUCUGGAUGUUCAGCAAUCCAAGGAAGUGAGUCUUUCAGCAUCUUACUUAUGAUGGACCACGGUCGUCAAACAUACCACUAUAAUUCAAUGAAUGCUUCCCCUAUCAUUGUGAAGGCAUUUUUAAUUUUAGACAAUCACGUCAUUGCUCGUUUUUGUCUUGUUCAUGUUUAUUACUUGCUUUUGAUUAUUUCUUCCUCCUCUUCCUCUUCUUUUUUGAUGUUGCGUGUACCAUGUAUUUAUUUGUUGGCAAACAAUUGUUUGUGGAUUAAGUAGAAAAGCACUCUUGCUAAAUGUAGCACUGUUGAUAUGAAAUGAAUAGCACUGGUCCAGUUCCCCCCAAACCGCCCCCCACUAUCAUUUUUCUGGGCACCCAUGGACUUCAAAAGGAAAAAGGGAGGCACACUGAUCUGCAUAUAUAGGAGUGCAAACUGUGUUUGAAAAAGAAAAGUCUUACAUUCCUCUUUUACUCUAUUUUUUUUCCAUUUUACUGAAAUUAAAUAAUGAAUAGAGGCAAUUUAGAGAUUUUUUUUGUAAUAAAGCAAAAUGAUUCAAAUGUAUAAAGCAUUCUAAUUUUUUUUUCCUUCAUGAAAGCAUGAUUCUUCUGGUAAAGAAAAAGAAAAUUGUACCCAAUAUUUUAUGCUGGUUGUCUGCGAGCUUUGUGAUGUUAUGUUCAUGUUAAUCCUAUUUGUAAAAUGAAGUGUUCCAAACUUAUGUUUAAAAAAGAAAAAAACCCAAUAAAUAAAUGAUUAACUGUA